CACAGGCUCACAGCUCAGUCUCUCUCUCUACAAAAUCCUGUAAUUACCCUUCUUGUUUGGUCUUUGGUGUAUAAUUUUUGCUUCUACUUCUCGUUUCUAGGUGCCUCUCUGACUCUCCUCUCUCUCUCUGCCUUUUGCCCUAAAAGAGGCACUCUUAUUGCUUCAUAAGCCCCUCUCAUCGGCAGUCUUUUCAGACCCAACUUGGGAGAGGGAGAGAGGGAUAUAGAGAGAGGGAGAGAUAGACUCUGAUUUUCUCUGGGUUUUUUGGGGCUUUGAAUCAUUUAUUGUUCUUUGAAUCAAAAUAUGCUCUUAAUCUGUAAAAUCUCAAUAUAGAACACAGUAAAAUCGUCUCCCUAUCGCCAUUUCUUGUUUAAUCAUUAAAAAGAAGCUUUUUUUCGAAGUGGGUAUUGGUGAUGGCACCAAGUUUUGACUGUUCUGUUUCGAGCCUUCUGUGUGCGGAAGAGGGUGGCAGCGUUUUUGAUGAUAACGAUUACAAUGGUGUAGUGGCGGAGUCUGAGACCAUUGCGCAGUGCCAUUGGAAUCAUCGAAACAUUAAUAACAAGCUGCCGUUUGAUGGUGGAGAUGGGUUGCCAUUGCAGAGUGAAGCAUGUGUGAGUUCGAUGAUUGAAAAGGAAUGCCAACACAUGCCCUCUGUUCAUUACUUGAGGCGGCUUCAAAAUGGGGAUUUAGACUUGGGGGCAAGAAAGGAGGCUAUUGAUUGGAUCGGAAAGGUACAAGCUCAUUAUGAUUUUGGUCCUCUAUGUGCAUAUCUCGCGAUAAAUUACUUGGAUAGAUUUCUUUCAUCCUAUGAAUUGCCUAAGGGCAAACCUUGGAUGAUGCAGUUAUUGGCUGUGGCAUGUUUGUCCCUCGCGGCGAAAUUGGAUGAAACUGAAGUUCCUUUAUCUCUAGAUCUACAGAUGGGUGAUGCUAAAUAUAUAUUUGAGGCUAGAACAAUACAAAGAAUGGAGCUUCUGGUGCUCCACAACUUAAAGUGGAGAAUGCAAGCAGUGACUCCUUACUCUUUCAUUGACUAUUUCCUCCGCAAGAUCAACGACGAUCAAACCCAACUUAGAAUUUUAAUUUUGCGAGCAGUCCAGCUCAUAUCAUGCACAAUAAAAGGGAUUGAAUUCUUGGAAUUCAAGCCUUCUGAGGUUGCAGCAGCUGUGGCAAUUGCUGUUGGAGGAGAAAUUCUAACAAUAGACAAUGACAAGGCAAUUUCAGCUCUCACUCAAUGCAUAGAAAAGGAGAGGGUGUUGAAGUGUGUUGAACUAAUCAUUGAGUCAUCAUUGAAUGAUGGGUUGGUUAAGGGUGCUGGUGGUUCACUCCCAUCUGUGCCCCAAAGCCCCAUCGGGGUGCUGGAUGCUGCUGCGUGCUUGAGCUAUAGAAGCGACGACACAACUGCUGGGUCGUGCGUGAAUUCUUCGCAAAACAGUCCUGUUGCCAAAAGGAGGAAGAUGGACAGACCUUGUGAAUUGGAGCUGCAAAAGUGAUGGAAGCUGUUUUUUUCACCCUUAAACCAAUAUGUUUGAUUUUGUUCAGUAUCAGUUUUGGUGUCUGUGAAGGUCAUCCCUAAGACAAUCAAAACACAAUUAAAAAUCGAAAAGCCGGAAAAAAAAAAAGGUAAAGAGGAUUGUGAAUGGGGAGAAUGGAGGAGGAAAAAUGGGAUUGGAAUAUUUGAUGUUCUUAAGCAUGAAGAGAACAACAAUCACCAGCUGUUAAAUAUUAGACUUCUUAACAGCUUGAGACAAGGAACAGAGAGGAGACAAAUUUGGUGAAUUGAGAAAACAGUGGGAGAGGUUUUUCUUCUUAUUUUGAGAUACAGUUUGUUUCAUUUAGGGCAAGAGGUUUCCAUUUUAUGUGUUUGAUGAGAAAAAAAAAAGUGAGAAAUUAUUAUGAAA